UCCCUCCCUCCUUUCCAAUCCUCGUCCCAGCUUGUUGGCCCCCCUUGGACCAUCCAGAGACAGUUCAUUCAACCCGCCUUUUCUCUCGCCUCUUAUCCAAAACCAAAACCAAAACCGAAAAACAACACUUCAUCCCAUCUCCCCUCCAAUUCCAGUCCUUCAUUCCCCCCCCCCCCAUCAUGGCCGAAUUCGUGCGAGCCCAGAUCUUCGGCACCACCUUCGAGAUCACCUCCAGAUACUCGGAUCUUCAGCCUGUGGGCAUGGGCGCAUUUGGUCUUGUCUGCUCCGCCAAAGAUCAACUCACCGGUCAGAAUGUCGCCGUUAAGAAGAUCAUGAAGCCCUUCAGCACCCCCGUCUUGUCUAAGAGGACGUAUCGCGAGCUGAAGCUUCUGAAGCACUUGAAGCAUGAGAACGUCAUCUCACUCAGCGACAUCUUCAUUUCUCCCCUCGAGGAUAUCUACUUCGUUACCGAACUCCUGGGCACUGAUUUGCACCGUCUCCUCACCUCAAGACCCCUCGAGAAGCAGUUCAUACAAUAUUUCCUCUACCAGAUCCUGCGUGGCUUGAAAUAUGUUCACUCCGCAGGCGUCGUCCAUCGCGAUCUCAAGCCCAGCAACAUCCUGGUCAAUGAGAACUGCGACCUCAAGAUCUGCGACUUCGGCCUCGCGCGCAUCCAAGAUCCCCAGAUGACCGGAUACGUCUCGACGAGAUACUACAGGGCUCCCGAGAUCAUGCUCACAUGGCAGAAGUACGACGUGGAGGUGGAUAUCUGGAGCGCCGGUUGUAUCUUCGCAGAGAUGCUGGAGGGCAAGCCUCUGUUCCCAGGGAAGGACCACGUCAACCAAUUCUCCAUCAUCACCGAGCUUCUGGGAACCCCGCCGGAUGAUGUGAUUCACACGAUCGCCAGCGAGAAUACCUUGAGAUUCGUCCAAUCCCUCCCCAAGCGCGAACGCCAGCCAUUAAAGGACAAGUUUAAGAAUGCUGAUCCUUUGGCGAUCGAUCUCCUCGAAGAGAUGCUUGUGUUCGACCCCCGAAAGCGUGUCAAGGCAGCCGAUGCCCUCGCACACGAAUACCUUGCCCCGUACCACGACCCCACGGAUGAGCCAGUCGCGGAGGAGAAGUUCGACUGGUCGUUUAAUGAUGCGGAUCUCCCGGUGGAUACGUGGAAAAUCAUGAUGUACGAACAACUUUACGCUUGCGACCCAGAAGCCGAGGUUUAAAAGGCGCAGUGCAGUUGCUUUGCGCACCUUGUCCUUCGAGCUCAUCGGCAAAAGGAGAGAGAGCGUGACUAACUGGUAUGUU